UAACGUGGCUAUACGUCAGAGCUGCGCGUCUGCGUUCCUCCUUUCUCUCGUCCUGAAGAUGGCGGCAGGGACUCUCUACACAUAUCCAGAGAACUGGAGGGCCUUUAAGGCUCAGAUUGCGGCCCAGUACAGUGGAGCUCGUCUGAAGGUUGCGAGCACCCCCCCUGCUUUCAGCUUUGGGCAGACGAACCGAUCCCCUGCCUUCCUCAGCAACUUUCCCUUGGGCAAGGUUCCUGCUUACCAGGGUGAUGAUGGCUUCUGUCUGUUUGAGAGCAAUGCCAUUGCUCACUACUUGAGCAAUGAUGCCCUUCGUGGCAGCACUCCCCAGGCUGCUGCCCAGGUGCUGCAGUGGGUCAGCUUUGCCGACUCAGAGAUCAUCCCUCCAGCUAGUGCCUGGGUGUUCCCUACCUUGGGUAUCAUGCAGUUUAACAAACAGGCCACAGAACAGGCGAAGGAAGAGGUGAAGCGAGUCCUUGCCGUCUUGAAUCAGCACUUAAACACUCGCACUUUCCUGGUUGGAGAGAGAGUCAGUCUGGCAGACAUCACUGUUGUCUGCUCUCUGCUGUGGCUUUACAAACAGGUUCUUGAGCCCUCUUUCCGUCAGCCCUACCCCAAUGUUACUCGCUGGUUUGUGACCUGUGUCAACCAACCUCAGUUUAAGGCUGUUUUAGGAGAGGUCAAACUCUGUGAGAAAAUGGCGCAGUUUGAUGCCAAGAAGUUUGCAGAGAUGCAGCCCAAAAAAGAAGCUCCAGCUAAGAAAGAAAAGGCCGGUAAGGAAGGAGGCAAGCAGCAGCAACCACAGCAGCAGGAGAAAAAAGAAAAGAAAAAGGAGGAAAAGAAGCCUGCACCUGCUGCCGAGGAGGAGAUGGAUGAAUGUGAGGCUGCGCUGGCUGCCGAGCCAAAAACAAAGGACCCGUUUGCUCACCUUCCAAAGAGCUCUUUUGUCAUGGAUGAGUUUAAGAGAAAAUACUCCAAUGAGGACACCCUGUCCGUGGCGUUGCCUUAUUUCUGGGAUAACUUUGAUCGUGAGGGCUUCUCAAUCUGGUAUUCUGAGUACAAAUUCCCUGAAGAGCUCACCAUGGCCUUCAUGAGCUGUAAUCUUAUCACAGGAAUGUUCCAACGUCUCGACAAGCUGCGUAAGAACGCCUUCGCCAGCGUCAUCCUCUUUGGCGCAAACAACGACAGCUGUAUCUCCGGUAUCUGGGUCUUCAGGGGUCAGGAGCUUGCGUUUACUCUGAGUGAUGACUGGCAAAUCGACUAUGAGUCAUACAGUUGGCGCAAGUUGGAUGUUGACAGUGAUGAGUGCAAGACCAUGGUGAAGGAGUACUUUGCAUGGGAGGGCGACUUUAAACAUGUAGGCAAACCUUUCAACCAGGGCAAGAUUUUCAAAUGAGAUCCGAUCUUGUGCCCAGUAUUUAUCAACAGCAGAAUCAAUGGACAUGAACCCAGUUUGAGAAUCUCAUGUACAAGGUUGUACUGUGAUGAAUGGAAGAUUUCAGUUGAGAAAAAUAAAAAAUGUUUUCCACAACCCCA